AACGUUGCAAAUAGAAUCUAGUGACUUUUCUUUCAUGGUGGUAGGGCGAUUCAUAUCGCGGUAUUACAAAGACCUGACCUGACGGAUAUUUAAGGCGGUUUUGGGCGCUACAAUGUUGAAGCAGAUAGCUCGAGUUUAUUCAUACAUUUCUUUUUUUAAAUCAUGUAAAAUUCAGUUAGACGCGCAUUUAUCCAGUAUGUGUUUGUCAGAAGGAAAAGCACAUGCCAAAUUUGUUACGUCUCGAAUGAAUUCUGAUAACCGGAUGUGGGCUCCAAACGCCAAAGACCACCUUGUAUGGGUCGACAUGGAGAUGACUUCUUUGGAUGUGACAGAAGGCCGCAUUUUGGAAGUCGCAUGCCUUAUAACUGAUUCUAACCUCAACAUUAUAGCUGAAGGCCAAGAUUUAGUCAUCCAUCAGCCAGAUGAUGUAUUACAGUCUAUGAAUGAAUGGUGUAUCGAACAUCAUGGAAUGUCAGGCCUUACAGAUGCAUCCAGAAACAGCAAGCUUACUAUUGAAGAAGCUGACCAACAGAUUCUGAACUUCCUAAAAAUUUAUAUUCCACCAGGAAAAUGUCCAGUUGCUGGAAAUUCUGUUUACAUGGACCGAUUAUUCAUGAAUCGAUACCUGCCAGAAGUUGACAAGUACUUACACUACCGCAUUGUCGAUGUGACAACAAUUAAAGAAUUAUGCAGACGAUGGUCCCCAACAGUGUUUGCAAAGACUCCACCUAAGAUUUUGAGCCAUCGAUCCCUGAGUGACAUAAAAGAGAGUAUUAAAGAACUGCAGUACUAUCAGUCUUCUUUCUUCAAGAUUUAAUAGCCAGAACUACUGAUAUUGUCACGUGUAUUAGCGACUAUAGACAGGGUUUGGAUUGGUGAAUAGAUUUAUUAACACGUAA